GUUUUCGCAGAAAUCCUUGUUCUUUUAAUAUUCUCCACUGUUUCGUGGAUCCCACUGAGUCCGGGAAGAGGAAAAUGCUAGAUUUUUUCAUCCUAGCGCCAGAUUUUGGACCAGCCAGCACAGAACCGCAACAAACGCUGUCAGAAAAGGUUGGUGGAACGAAAAGGACUGGCCACGAAAAGUGCAAAAAGAAGGUAAAUCUUUAGUUUUCGUACUUAUUUGGUUGUAUCGUCAAGCUGUGAAACGGCGUGCAGCGGUUUUGAGUGUCCCCUCCGUUGCCCGCACUUCCCCAUGGACGGAACAGCAUCCCGGUAUCUGUAGCCGCGAAAAAUUGAAAUUCGUUCGGAAAAGCCCGCGGCAUGUUGCUCGUUUUGCCGUUCAUGUGGUGUACACGACGAAGAAAGGUGGCUUGCGGGGGUUUCCGACCACCCACCCACUCUCGUUGAACAGUGUACUACGAGCCAGUUGAGUGAAAAAGAAACAGAUUCCGUUUUCCGGGGCGACCGCGGGAACGCCCGGCGCGGAAUAUUGGGUGCAGUUUAGGUAAAGCGCGUUUCAUAGCCCGCAAGGCACGCUUGGAUGGCAGCAAGGUGGUUGCAAGAUAGUUCGUCAAAAUGACUUCUGUAGCUGAGGAACCGGAUUUGUUCAACGACGUGGAAAUUAUGGAAGUCGGCGACUUUAGCCAUGAGGGCGGAGAAAACCUAAUCGCCGUGGAACUACUCUCUGAUGAUGAUGAUGAAAGAUCGUCGCUGAGCACGAUACCAUUGAGCGAACCGAGCCCCACUGCAGGAACACUUCGGAGCCGUACCAACUCGGUACUGUCGGGGGAUGAUGGCCCGCAUGAGCUGGGCGAUAAAAAUAAUACGCUAAGACUACACAGCCACGGCUUCCUGGCCGACCACGAGUAUCUCCAUAUCGUGGGCAGCGAGAAUUCAAGCGAGCAGCUCGCACUGGACGUGCAUAGGGACAGCGAACGUUUCAGCAUUUCUUACGAUAUGGACAUUCGCACACAGGACUUGUUUGACAAGGAUGAUAUUAACAGCGGUAACAGCGACAACCAGGACCGCGACGACAGUCACUGUAAAGAGGAACUAGUCGAAGCCAUACCGUACGAUGAGGUCGAUUCGAAAGACGAAGUCAUGGCUAUCUGUGAUCUAACGGAAGACGAUUAUGCGUUCGCCAGGAAUGAGAUUAUUCCAGCCGAUAGUGACGAGCUAUCGGAAGCGGACGAAGCCGAGUUUGUCGUUCAGUCGUUACUGGAGAAUGUAUCGCCACCGUCCAAGAAAAGAGAUUGCAGUGCAACAAUGAUUCCAAACGAUGAUCACGCAUACGCGACCAGUUUCGAUCAUUCGCCAGAAUGUUCACCGGGGCGGGCGGGAAUCCGUGCUACUACUUUGGACGAUCUGCUCUCGCUAGGCGAACAAUUUCACCAUGUUUUCGCGCAAUUCUUAAACGUUAAUGGUGGUGACCCACACAGUUCAUUACAUGAACAGAACAAAAUGACCCGUUUCACGCGGAUGCUGCGAAAUGUAUCGAGUCAGCUACAGAAAGUAAAGUCGCUGGACGUGGCCGAUAACUUAACGGCAAACCAGCCUUCCAAGAGGCUUACGGAAUCGGGGAUGCAAACGGUCGAGUCUAGUUGGAGUGCGAAGGCAGCACUCGAACGCGAUGAAGCGCGCGAACGUAGGUUAAAUGAAAAGUGUAAAAGGAAGUAUUUGGGAACCCCCAACGGUGGUGAAACGUCUUCAUCGUCGUCUGGUUCGAACAGUGACAAUUCUGAUUCCUCCUCGAGUGAAAGCGAGGAUAUCAAUCAAAUGAUGAGUGAUUUUGGAUCGCGGCGCCGUUUACGAAAUGGUGCGAAAAGUAUGGCGGAAAAGAAAGCGCCAGGUCAGGACGGUUCCUCCGGUCGAGUAAAUGAUCGGAUUUACUCUUCUUCUGACGAGGAACUGGAUUCUACCGCAAACGAAGAACGUGCAGACGGAGAAGAUGGGCUACUAGAUGGGGUGUUCAGUGGUGUCGAUGACAUAAUGCUUGACGUCCACGAUAUUCUACCAGCGGCUGAAGGAGUAGUACAGGACUUCCUGGAGAAGGAGGAAGUUCGGAAGAAUCAGGAACAGGAAAGUGGUAGCGACUCCCAACUAAAACACAAAGCAAAUACGGCGGAAGCGAAUGGAGCAAUUGCGGAAACACGGUCAGCGCGUAAAAAUAAGAAGUUAACUGAAAUGACCGAAUCAGAACUUGAGGAAUAUUAUGAGGAACAGCAGGAUAAGGAAAUUGAGCGCCUGUGUAACAUCAGCAAUUUGAAUAUUCCUCGUAACUCGGCUACUACUGCGAUUAUCACAGCAAACGCUUCAACAGCGAAAGCAACUGCAGUGCAGCAACAGCAGCAGCGGAAGAAAAAGGCUGGCAAUACAAUGGAAGAGUUUCUGAAUGAUAACGACGAUAAUCAUGCAGCGAUACCGGCUGGUGAUGUUGAUGAAGCGAACGUUAAGAGCAGAGAGUCUCCGGAGAAAAGUAUUACCGAGGAGGAAUUUCUACGAGACCAUAAUGAAAGCAUGAAGCAUCAGCUGUUAAACCAAUUGAGCAGCAGUAGUGACGCCAGCAGCGAAAGCGAUAUGGAUCUAGAGGAGGUGGAGAGUGGCGAUACAGACAAACAGAAUGGUGAUUCAGAUGGCGAUUCUGCAGAUUCGGUGGUGUUGGAUCAAUUUCUUAAAAGUCUCAAUCGUCAUGAAGAUCGUGCUAGUAAACGGAAACGCUUGAAAACCUGUUCGCAGUCUCAGUCAAAUGAAAAUGAAGUUGCGAAUGAUGGUACUAUACAAACAGGCGCGGAUGUCGAAGAAUCUGUUAGUUUAAUUGAAAACGAGCCCACAUCGAACACUAGUUGCAGUCAGACGAUACCCGAUGGUUCGCAGCCUAGAAGCAAAUCGGACAAGUUUGCGGAUCCCAAGGAUAAGGCUCUAUUUAGCAACGAGCUAUUCGAGGAUGUUGACGAUUUGCUUCGUGAGGAAGCCGGUCAGCCAGGGAAUGAUGCACAGAAAAAGCGGACACGAAAGGCCAUGGCCGAGUAUGUGCCACGCAUGCGAAAACCGCGCGAACUACGGACCAGCGAUCAGGGAAGCGACAAAGGUGACGAUGAUUCGGAUGUGGAGCUGUUGGAUGAUGCCCAACCAAGGGCAAACAGUCGUCGAAAGGGCGAAACUCCGAGGGAUGAUCCGUUCGAUUUUAGUGAUAUGCUAGCGUCGCAAGGUAGUAAAGGUGCAGUAAGUGCGCAAGCGAACGAAUCUCCGUCCUCCGUUCGGUCGACGACGGAUCGGAAACCUAUCGUGUCGACAUCGGCGUCUUCAUCCGUCUCCACCGAAAGCGUAUCGAAGCGAAAAUCAUCCAAGGACGAUGAUUGCAUUAGCUUAAGCUCAGAUAGCGACGACGAAUCGCAACUGGUGCCCGAGUCCGCGAAGGCAUCCCCGGACAGCAGCAGACGCAAAAUUCGGGCUAUGCUCAGCAACGAUGAGCUGGCAGAGGAAACGAAAAAGGCACAGAAGGAAGAGGAAGAUCGGUUGGCCAGAUUGAAGAAGAAAAAUGAAACGUUGAAGCAUUUUCUGGAAUCCUACAAUCCCGGGCCGCAGGAAAGCGAUCUGGUUCUUGAUUAUGAUGCGAAGCAGAAGAAAGCCAUUUGUGUGCAUCCUGAUAUUGUAGCCUUGCUAAAACCGCACCAGAUCGAGGGUAUCCGCUUCAUGUACGACAAUACGUACGGCGCAGUGGAUUCGGUGACGGAGAAUGUCGGGUCUGGAUGCAUUCUGGCACAUUGCAUGGGACUCGGCAAGACGCUGCAAAUCAUAGCGCUUCUGCAUACGGUCAUGCGGUAUCCGCAGCUGCGAACACGGCGGAUCUUGGUUAUCUGUCCGAAGAGCACAGUUUUGAAUUGGAAGGAAGAGAUUCAUCGGUGGCAGGAUAAGGUGCAUGAUGGAUCGAGGCUGAAGGUGUUCUGCUUUCCCGAUGUGAGCCCUCAGAUAACGAAAGUGAAUGUGCUACGUGAUUGGCACUCGUUGCCACACACGCGCUGUGGCGUGAUGUUAAUCGGCUAUGAGGCAUUCAGGGCCCUGAUUAACAAUGAACGCCGUAAGCGGCCGGUGGGUUCAUCACUUAAAAAGGUUGAGUACAUACAAAAGCAGGUGAAGGAGCUGUUGAUCAAUCCCGGUGCCGAUCUGGUCAUCUGUGACGAAGGGCAUCAGAUAAAAAAUAAGCGUUCUGCGAUCAGCGAGGCAGUUUCGAAGAUCAAAACGAGACGACGCAUCGUGCUCACUGGAACUCCGAUUCAAAAUAAUCUUAAAGAGUAUUAUUGCAUGGUAAACUUUAUCAAACCUUCGUUCCUGGGGAGUGAUAAGGAGUUUAGUAAUCUUUAUGCCAAUCCGAUUAAAAAUGGCCAGCAUAAGGAUUCCGAUCAGCGUGCGAUAAAAAUUAUGAAACAACGUUCGUACGUGCUACACAAUAAGCUGUGUAAAUUUGUCCAGCGCAAGGAAGCGGCUGUGUUGAAAGAUUUCCUUCCGGAGAAAUAUGAGUAUGUUCUAUUCGUUCCACUGACGCCGGUUCAAGAAAAAAUGUACGAAGUAUUUCUUCAGAUGAACGAGUACACAUCGAACAAUGAGCAUCCUGGAGAACCGGCCAAGGCGAAAAAAUUCAAGCUAAUCGCCGAUUACACAUCCUUGCGAAAGAUUUGGACUCAUCCGAAAGUGCUAGAGAAGGCUUGGGAGUCAGCGAUACAGGAGAAAAAUCGGAAAGAUGCUGCCCGGAAAACUGCCUCUCCAGAUACGGAUGAGGAGUCACCGGAUGAUCGAAACGAUAUUAAGACGGGCACGCUGUCGGUUAUGAAUGAUUGGUGGCGAGAGUAUCUGGGCGAGGCAGACCUAGAGUCGUUAGUGCCUAGCAAUAAGCUGUGGAUAAUGUUCGAGAUACUGAAGCAGUGCAACGAUCGGGGCGAGAAAUGUUUAAUUUUCUCAGCGUUCGUCGCAGUGCUGAACGUGGUUGAGCAUUUUAUGGCGAAAAUCAACGAACAGCAAAACCAUGAUCUUCCGCAUGCAGAUGCGUUCGGUUACAGCGCAUUCAAAGGGCCAUGGGUAGCUGGUAAAGAUUACUAUCGGUUGGAUGGCAAAACGAACAAAUCCAUUCGCCACGACUUGAUACGAUCGUUUAACGAUCCACGCAAUACGCGUGUCAAGUGUUUUCUCAUAUCGGCCAAAGCUGGUGGCCAGGGUAUUAAUCUAACCGCUGCUAAUCGAGUGAUAAUUUUAGAUACGUCAUGGAACCCAUCAAACGAUCAGCAAAACAUCUUUCGAAUCUUCCGCCUCGGUCAGAAGCGAAAAUGCUAUGUGUAUCGAUUGCUGGCGAUGGGCACGAUGGAGGAGAAGGUAUACUCACGCUCGGUCACGAAGCAGGCGCUGAGCUUCCGAGUGGUCGAUGAGCAGCAGGUCGAUCGUCACUAUCGCUACGACGAACUGGCCGAGUUGUACAAUCUAACGAAGGUAGCGGAUAUGAUGCGUGAAACUCCGAUUCGGCCUGCCGACGAUUUGCUGGCCUCCCUGCUGCACAAUUUCCCAAACAAAAUUUUCAAAUACCAUGAGCACGAUUCGUUGCUGGAGAACAAACCGGAGCAAGACCUGAGCGAAGAGGAGAAGAAAGAAGCUUGGGCCGCGUACGAACGCGAGAUCCAGAAUAACGAAAAGCCUGCGUACCCUUCGCAAUUUGGCAUGAUGCCAGGUUCCGGGAUGUACGGUUUCGGGCUGUCCUCACUGUACCCCAAUAUGGGCCUGCCGGGGAUGCCAAUGGGAAGUGGCGAUAUGUACAGAAGCGAUUUCUCGUACAAUAGUGCCCUGAACCGACCGCUCUAUCCAUUCAGCCAGCAGUUCUCAAUGCUAAAUGAUCCGGCCUACGCCUCGCUUUUUUCAAAGUUCUACGGUUCCUACACGAUGCCCGGUUCCGGUGGUAUGCUGGACUUUGGCAUGCCCUCUCAUGCUUCGCUGGCGAAUGGACAACCUAUGUCGCCGAGUAUCGGAGGAUCAAGCGGAGCCUCCAAGUCAUACGAUGCCACUAACGCCCUUUCGCAGUUCUAUAAUAUGUACAACGCGAGCAGUGGCAGCAGCUUGGGGCUACCACCGCCAAUCGGUAGCAGCUUGGGUGGUAGCAAUGGAUUACCGCCACCGUCGAGCACUGCUACGUUAGCAAGUCUUGCCGCUCAGUAUGGUAGCCCUUCGGGUACGAGCGGUUCAUCCGGUACUAGUGCCAGUAGUCAAGUACUGAACGCACUGAGACAAAUCACUGACUAUCAAUCGGCAGCACAACAACAUCAGCAAUCUUCUUCCCCAAUCACGUCACUAUCGUCCACUUCGGGGUUGAAAAUUUCGGAAGUUACAUCGCUCGCUAAUCAGUACCGUAAAUCGGUCGGGCCUUCUACAUCGCGCCCGGGAAGCACUGGAUCAGCGACUGCGACGUUGCUGAACAUGUUAAACGAUCACACCGGUCACCUCCCGGCAUUGAACGCGGUGGGAUCUGGAGUUUCUAGUCCAUUUUCUCCCCGUAGCGCUCCAUUACUGCCGCCGACCCUGGAUCAUCCGGUCCGGAACUAUCCUUCGACUCCAUUACCUCCACCAGCAUCCCCGGGCAAUGUCGCAACUGGUCCGCCUACGAUUACUACGACACAUGAAGAACAGCCUACUGCUCGUAGUGCUAAUGCUAGUGGAAAGGCAGAUAACGCAAUCACAGUUAGUAACGUUGGCAGCCUGGUUGCUGGAGGAAGUGUUAAUGCAAAGAGCACAACCACUAACGGACCAACGAACAAUGGAUUACCCGUGAUAGCCUCGGUUGUAUCGAUGGCCCUUCAACAACAGCAGCAAGAGAAGAAUCAGAAUGUAAAGGAUAGCACCGAUCGUUCGACCUUUAGUUUCAACGAGUUAAAGAAAAAGCCUACUGGUAAAAGUUUAACCAUGAAAACGAGCGAUCCGUUGAGUAUUCCUACCAGGCCGAGGACUAACUCGCAAGUCACAACCGUGAUACCUAUUGAUGAUGAAGAACCUGUUGAUCGGAGCGCAACUAUGCAGGCUAGUAGCAACAAAAAUGCCGAUGCAAUUCGUCCGAUAGUGCGGGCGAAAACGAUAGCUAAUCUGCAACAACCGGAGAAAGUGUCAAACAAAAUGGCAAACCUGCCGAAACCAGCGACUUCAACGCAGUAUGUCACUGGUAACAGUACGAUAGGAGGAGGGAAGUCGAGCGUCUUUCCGGCACCGGUUACUCCGUCGGCUUCCAUAGUAACGUCUGCUGUUCGUUCAAGUAGCUCCGGUAAUUUAAAAUAUUCACCUGCGGUGCCUAGCAUUGCGGCCAGAAGUAGUCCGAAGUUAAUACCACCAGUAUCGAAGGCAACUGCACCACCCAUAAGCGUGCCAUCAGUUUCGAGAACGACAACAACACCAGCGCUGGUAGCCAGUUCAAAGCCUGCUACACUUACGAUGCCAGCAUCUGCCGCAGCGAGCAUUACACCCACCCAAUCCAACCGACCGCCCGUGGGACAACAGCAGAAGUCGCUGACCAAUACAAUUCGACCAAAGUCUACUGCUCAGACUUUAACAUCUCAAGUUAAUGCAACGACCACCUCUUCUCCGGCACCCGCAAUAAAACCAACUGCUAUGCCGCCCUUGGUGGGAUUUAAAACGACUGGACAGGCGAAGUCACAGACACCGGCGCAGAAGCAAACCGCAGCUGCAUCCUCUUCUUUAACUAGUUCCACUACCCAAAUCGUAUCAACUAUGCGCAAACCGGCAACGGCGGUAACGGCGAAUAAUAACGCUAGUAAACCCGCAGCUAUAAGUGUGGCUUUGGGAGCUACACAGCAAACAAAGCAACCCUUACCCAAGCCGCAACCCAAUACUAAACCACCGAGCAAUCCUGUUACUUUGAUGAAUAUUAAAGGCAUACAAAGUCCGCUUCUACUUAACCCUACAUCAAGAGCCAGUCCUACAAUGCUGGUAAAACAGAGUCCUGUACAAAAUAGUGCAAGCAGCGUUAUCAAACCCGUUUCUGAAAACCGCCCUAUGCCCAUGGUGACCAUUUCGUCGCAGCCGGCUGCUGGUGUAGCGGGCAGUGCUAGUGUGAUGAAAAAAGUUGUUAAUCAGCCAAACUCACCAGCGAAUAUUAUAACAACUGGCAAAAAUACGAAUGUCGGAAUGCGGCAAAUCGUCGGUAGCACCGCGACACAAAAAUCAGUUCCUGGCGUGAAUGUUUCAUCGGCAUCUGGGUUAGUAUUGAAGGGGCCAGCCAAGCCCCUUGCGACUUCUGUCAGUAGGCCCGCUGUGACGACACUUGUACCAAAGCAAACGAGUACGCUGCUACGGCAGGCUCAAACGGGAUCACCGAAAACGGUCUCAACGUUACCGAACCGGGCGUCCCCUAUACCUACCCCCGUACAGCGGCAGGCAGUCAAUACAGCGAUAAAACCCCCAGUUGCUAUGACAAUUGGUGGUGCUGGAGCGGCACGUGGUGCACUAUCCGUGGCAUCUACACCCACUGUGGUGGCUACGCCUAUCAAAACCAAACCGAACACUCUCCAAACAUUGGGCACUUCGAACGUUGUGAGCGUUGUUGCGAGUGCAGUUCCUACUGCUGCUUCUACUACUUCAACCACUGCUGGAGCUCCAACACCAGGAGCUGCUGGAAGAACAUUAAGCUUUUCUUUCAAUGACGCUAGUAAGGAAUACACGAUCACAAAAGCCACAGCAGCUCCUACCAUUCGACAAAUCCAGUCAAAUGGCGGGUCUCAAAUAUUAUUUAAGAGAACCGCCAAGCCAAGUACCCUAUCAACUACUACUAGCAGUCCUACGGUAGUAAAUCCCGUGAAAUCUUCUCCAUCGGUCGUGCCACCUCAAUCAGUGAAUGAAAGCACAAUCGUCAACACUUCAUCUCCGAUGCCAAUGCGAAAUCUGCAGCCCGGUGCGGUCGGUACGAAUAACGUGAUAAUUCGGAAGAGAAAAAGUGACGUAGCACUGUUGGAUAACCUGAAGGCUAGAAAUAGUUCGAUUUCGAUCAGCGAAAUCCGGCCGGACGCUGGUGGUGGUUCAUUACAAUUGGCUAAGCGAACGAAGCCAAAUGAGUCAGCAGCUGCAGCAGCAGCCACCAUUCUCGGUGGCCAUCGAUUGGGAGCCAACAUCAUGGUGACCCAGAAAACGGUACCGACAAAAACUACUUUAGGCAAUGUGUCCUUUGAUGUGGUAGAAUUGGAGUGAUUUGGUUGAAAAUAAAGCUGGCCCAUGGCAGCCAUAUUUGCUUGUCUCCAAUAAACCAAAAAAGAGGGGAUGUUAAACAAAUGUCUACUUCGUGACUGGUCAUAGGAUCGGGUCAUUUUUUUAACUAAGCUAAGCCCAACUCUGUCAUCAUGCUAGCAAGGAUUCAACAGUAUAACAGGAAUCUGUAUCUUCAUCCCACGCCAGGAGGAGUAUAGUGUGCACAGCAAGACAAUCGUAGACGCGCACACCACUAUCUGGAAAUCUCUCUAGUAGAAAGUCCAUUCAUCAACUGCAUCCUUUCAGAUAACUUAAUGCCAGAGAGCAAUCAUUGGAAUGUACAUAAGCGCGGUACCA